AUGUCCAAAGAACAUUUUAAUCCCAUUCAUAAUCAUCAACCACCUACUUUUCAGUUUGACAAUAACGGAGCUAGUGGUCCUGAGCUUUUAUCCAGACUCAUACCGUUUGAUUUUAUGUCAUAUUAUGAAAUUACGGAUAAUGAGACUAAUGCAUUUGCUUCCCGAAAAAAACAAAACCAACAAGAGUUCAGUACAAUACUUGAACAACCUGAACAUUUACAGACACAACAGCCUAGUACCGCAAAUAAUCAUCAUUUUAGCGACAAUAGUAGGCCACCUUAUUAUCCUUCUCCUUCCCUUUCACCCACAAAAUUUUUAAUCUCUACCACUGCUCGAUCACAAUCUAAUAAUGCUACCACUCAAGCCACUUAUUCAUCCGCGUCUCAACAACAAAUACAACGUUCAUCCUUCUCUUUUAAUGGCUAUCACAUGCACGAUCUUUCAUUUUCAGCACAAAAGCAGCAAUUAAACGCGUUCAACAGUAAUAAUAACUCUCAUUGCCAUACUUCAACAUUAAAUCAGCCUGUAAAGUUAACGAGGAAGAAAGGCUUAAUACUUCCCUCUUCUACUAUUUACAAUCAGACAGCAAAAGACAGUUACAACAGUGAGUGGAAAAGACAAAUACAUAUUCAAUCAGAACAGAAACGUCGCGCACAAAUUAAAGAUGGAUUUGACGACUUAAGAAAUGAGCUACCGAGUUGCUUGAAUAAGAAAAUGAGUAAAGUGGCAUUGCUGCAUAGAACUGUUCAACAUAUACAACACUUGAAAUAUACUCAAAUUACGAUAAUGGCUGAAUUAGAACGUUUACUUCAAGAAAACAAUCAAUUGAGAAGCAUUCUACAAAGACAAAGUGAUAUGGGAACAAUUACAGCUACCAAUAAUCAAACAUUUGUAAACAUAAGCAAUCACCAAAACAACGCGUUUUCAACUUGA